AUGGCGGCGCGCUGGAGUAGCGAGAAUGUGGUGGUGGAAUUCCGGGACUCUCAGAAACCAAGCACUGCUGUGGAAUAUCUGGCGGCACAUCUCUCUAAAAUCCACGGGCUGGAUUGGCACCCAGACAAUGAAAACAUUCUGGCCACCUCCAGUCAGGACAAUUCAGUCAGGUUCUGGGACUACCGACAACCCCGAAAAUACCUCAACAUUUUGGCCUGUCAAGUUCCAGUCUGGAAAGCCAGAUAUACGCCUUUUAGCAAUGGGCUGGUGACGGUGAUGGUGCCGCAGCUUCGAAGAGAGAACAGCCUCCUCCUUUGGGAUGUGUGCGAUCUCAACACACCAGUCCACACCUUUGUGGGGCAUGACGAUGUUGUGCUAGAAUUCCAAUGGAGGAAACAGAAGGAAGGGUCAAAGGACUAUCAGCUGGUCACCUGGUCUCGAGACCAGACCCUUCGGAUGUGGCGAGUGGAUUGUCAGCUACAGCGGUUAUGCUCCAGUGACCUCUUGGAGGGGGUGGAGGAGCUGAUUGGUGGGAUUUCCCUCCUGCCCGAGGCAGACAAGGCCCUGCCAGUCCAAGAGUCAGAGGCCCAGCAGAACUUCACCCACGGAGAGGAGGAAAUUUUCAAAGAAGAUUCCCAGAAAACCUUCCUGGUGGGAAAGAAGCUGGACCAGCUGGGGCUGCCUCAAACCUUACAGCAGGAGUUCUCUCUGAUCAACGUGCAAAUCCGCAACGUAAAUAUGGAGAUGGACGCGGUCAAUAGGAACUGCACGGUCUCAGUGCACCUCAGCAACCACAGGGUGAAGAUGCUGGUGAUGUUCCCUGCACAGUAUCCUAACAACGCUGCCCCCUCCUUCCAGUUUGUCAACCAGACCACAAUCCCUUCCACCAUGAAGGCCAAGUUUCUCCCCCUGCAGAAGUCCAGGAGAUGGAAGAGCAAACGCGAGGGGACCGAGGCCAGCAGCCGGCCCAUCAAAGCAGCUGGCAAAGUCAUCAUUCAAGACAUCUCCUGCCUGCUCCCCGUCCAUAAAUCAUUAGGGGAGAUGUAUAUACUAAACGUGGUGGAUAUUCAGGAGACCUGCCAGAAGAAUGCCGCCUCAGCUUUGACAGUGGGACGCCGAGACCUCUUGCAGGUUUGGUCCCUGGCCACGGUGGCGACCGAUCUCUGCCUGGAUCCCAACGUUGACCCAGACUUGGAGACCCCCUGGGCCCAGCACCCUUUCGGCCGCCAGCUCCUGGAGUCUCUGUUGGCACACUAUUGCCAGCUCCACGAUGUGCAGACCUUGGCUAUGCUGUGCAGCGUCUUUGAGACCCAGUCCAGACCGCAGGGAAUCCCAAACCCCGCAGGCCUGGCUCCUCAGCACCCCUCCAGCCACAGUCGAUACCCCAGCUUUACCUCCUCUGGCUCUUGUUCCAGCAUGUCAGACCCUGGACUGAGCACCAGCAGUUGGAACACAGCCAGCAAAGACAUGGAACACACCAUAGGCUGGGCCGAAUCUUCGCCUGACGACUUUCGCCUUGGGAACUUGGCGUAUGCUGAUCCGCGGGACCGAGAGAGAGACCAGCACGACAGGAACAAAAGGCUUCUGGAUCCUGCCAACACCCAACAGUUUGACGACUUUAAAAAGUGCUACGGAGAGAUCCUGUAUCGCUGGGGCCUGCGAGAGAAACGAGCCGAAGUCCUCAAGUUCGUUUCCUGCCCCCCCGAGCCUCAUAAGGGAAUUGGCAGAAAUCCUGGAAAGCCACUGCUGGAGGGGAGCUCAGGUGCUUGGAGAGGAAUCUCUUCCCAGAGCAAAUCUAGCCGCAGACAGGCGGUAUGUCAGCAAUCGAACUUGGGACUGAAGAAGAUCCUCUCGGCGCAUGGCUUAUUCAUGCCUUGACAAAGGCUCCGGUGACGGAGAUGCUCUGUUAACAAGACGUCAGGCCGAAGUGGGGAUAAUGGGCUAUCAGGUUCUUGUGCUGCAGUCGUGCGAAACAGGAAAGCGGUUUGUCCUUCUGAUGAAAACAUCUCCCCUCUUUUGAAUGUGGGGCACGCAAGACAAAAAAUGGAAGUGAUUCAUGAACCCAGCAGCUACAGGAAGUCCUCGGCUUAUGACCGCAAUUGACUCCAAAGUUUCCGUGGCUAAGCGAG